GCAGGGAGAUGGGUCUGGGAGCUCGGGAGGUUUUUUUUUCCUCUCUCUCUCUUUCAAAAAGUGUCUCUAAAUGAAAUUUUAACGAUCGCAGCGAUAUUUUCUUACACAAUAACGUUUUAAACGAUGCGUAACAAACGCCGCCGGUCUUGUGUAGAGGUUGCUACCUUUGCAGAGAAUAUUUAAGAGGGAAAAUACGCAAAAGAUGAGAUCUGCACAGUACCCAACCCCAGCAGAAUUGGAUGCAUAUGCUAAGAAAGUUGCCAACAAUCCACUCACCAUAAAAAUCUUUCCAAAUAGUGUCAAAGUACCACAAAGAAAACACCUUCGUCGUACGGUGAACGGUUUGGAUACUUUGGGCCAGCGAUUCAGUCCCUACCCUUCUCAGGCUAGCUCGAACCGUGGUUUACUUGCAAUUGUCAAGCUGCCCACGAAGAGGAUUGUGAAAGACUUUGACGGAACCCGCGCAAGGUUGCUGCCAGACAUGAACCCCCCGUCUGCUCCCUAUGCUGCACCUAGCACUUUAUCCCACCCGCAAAACAUGCUGCUACAACCGGGUUUACAUGGAUACCGGAAGAUGCGCCCGGACGGGGAUGCCCCUCCCAACGUCACGGUGUCUACCUCAACUAUUCCACUCUCCAUGGCUGCUAACCUGCAGCAGAACAGGCCCUCUGACUUGAACAGCAUUGUGCACCAGAUAUACCAGAUGUGCCAGGCCAGUGCGGGCCUUACCACUACCUCAGUCUGUGAGGGACAGAUCGCCAACCCCAGCCCCAUCAGCCGCAAUGUGUUGAUUCACGCUAGCACUAGGGUGUCUGGUCAUGGUGUGCCAGGUCACCUGCCCCCCUGCAUUGUGAACCCAGGGGACCCAGCCAUCGCCAUGACAGCCAUUGCCCCUGGCAGCAUUGCCAUGGGCAAUAUGAACAGGAUGCAAGCAGCCUACCAGAAUGACAUAGAUUCUGCCACAUGGCACCAGCACCAGUUGGCACAGUUGCAACAUCUGACUAGAGACACUGGCACUGGGCAUCCCAACAAGUUCCACAGAGAGAUUUCUGCUGCAGGGUUGACUAGCAAGACAUUGAGUUACCCUGCCGAGCUGUACCUGGGCCAGCCUUAUAAUCUGAGAGUUCAUGGUGAUAAAUUGUCGCCAUCUCCCCCAGUCAAUGGAAUCCAGGGGGCUUUGCCAUAUUCCAAUGGGCAGUACUUCCAGCCAAUAUGGAACAAUAUCCUUCCGACUCCCAACAGCGACAGCUCUGGGUCCCAGGACCUGGGCAUGGUGUUUCAUGGAGGAGCCUCUGGCCCAGUGGACUGUGUGGCGGGGACUCCUCUUCGAGCUGGAGCUGGUUCCUCCAGCCAAACCAAUGUCCUGCAGACUGUGGAUUACCUGGGUGGGGACUACCAGAACUCCUGCUUUAGGGAUCAGACUAUGGGGAUGUUGGGGAAAAUCCACAGGCCCCCCGUCAGCCGAGGUCCAGAACCAAAUCUUCAUCAGAAUGGUCAUGUUCAUCACCCUGUGUACAGAUGAACUGAGUUCAAGUAACUGUGGUGCUCUAGUUAGUCUUAACAGCAAUUUUUGAUUGUUUUGUGUUAAUGCCUUUGAUUGCCAAACUUGUCAGUGUUUUUUUUUCUGUCUAGUUUGGAAAACUUCUUUUGCAGGUCGCCUUUUUUUCCUUCUGUUGCCUCUGUGAGGAAGGGUAUUUCCACAAGAUUGAAGUCUGUGUUUAACCACCACCUUGAUGUGUGAUUAGAAACUGGUUUCAGUGACAGGAUUAGAGGGAAGGGAAAGAAUGCAAAACAGAUGCAAUCUUUCAAAAGGACAUCUGCAGUUCCAGAAUCUGAGUUGAAGGGAAGGGUGUGAAGAGCUGUUGGCAACUACUGAAUUAUCUGGUUUGUGUCCAUGUGUCACUCACGGGCAUUCAGUGCUUUAGUGUAAUGCCCCACAGUUGUCCCUAUUGGCAGUUGUUGAGAUGUUGGAGCCCCUUAUGAUGUGGAUUGUGCGCGCACUCAACGUUUCUUUAGUGAUUCCCAACUCCCCCUCUCUUUCGACUUGUAUCGCCUUUUGCUGCUGCCUUGUUGCAGGCUUUGUGAUCUCUGAACUGCAGAGUUCUCUUUUUAACCCGGAUAGAUCCAUUUUCAGAGUUGUCACUGGGGGGAGAAAUGUUCAUUAUUAUAGCUGAAAAAGUGACAAAUUGAAAAUUCAUUUAAAUCUACAGAGCUGUUUGUUUUUUCCAGUAAUUUUGGAUGAAAAUUGGCCUCAGUUUUAAAGCAAAGUGAAGAGCCAUCACUGCAGAUUAAGUAAUGAGUUUUAUGGUGAUUUUAUUUGAUAAGUGUAGCACUGUUCAUCCCAUCUCUAACAGCCAGCUCCCUUUUGUCUGGCAAGAGCUUGCUGGAGAGCCCUGCGGUUGGCGAUUUUGUUGAGAAUGAAGUGGGGCAGCAGGUUCUGUCACACCAGUGGAUUCCCCACAUUGUGUGGUGUGAUCUAAUCCAAGAUGCGCUUUGAGGGAAGUGCAUCCAUUACCUAAAAUGAUCAACAUCUGUUGGGUGUUUGAAAGAAUUAUUUGCAUCCUGUUGUUCAGUGCAUGCUGUCGGGUCUGACAUUUUAGGGGGAAAAAUGUAUUCAUCCUCCUGAAAGAUUUGACAUAGACAAUCCCAAAUAAGUGUGGGGUGCUGGAAAGGUGCAGCAGGUCAGGCAGCAUCUGAGGAGCAGGAGAAUCGAUGUUUCAGGCAUAAGCCCUUCAUCAGCCCUGACUAAGGUCUUAAGGCCAAAAUGUCUAUUCUCCAGCACCUCUGCCUGACCUGUACUUUUCCAGCACCACACUCUCCACUCCGAUCUCCAGCAUCUGCAGUAUUCACUUUAUUAAUCCUAAAUAAUAUGAAGAUACCAGUUUUAGUUUGAAGUUAAAGCCCAGAUGUCUGUCUCUCACUCCAAACCUUGAGCUCAAGACUUGCCAAGCUUUUGCCCGAAACAUCAAUUAUUCUGCUACUUGGAUGCUGCCUGACCUGCUGUGCUUUUCCAGCAACACACUCAUGCCUACUCAAAGCCCUUGCUCCUGAUUCAUUUUGUCUGUGUAGAUUUAGAAAUAUUUGCUUUUAAGGACUGCAGUGCUUAGGGUGGCUGGGAUGAAAUUUAAUUUGCAGCUUGUAUGUUUGCACUAAGUGACCACAAAACUGUUUUUAAAAAAACACAGUUGGUUCACUCAUGUCCUGUUGGACAGAGGCCUGCUGUUAUCAGAUUUGUCCUUGUUUGCAGUUUUGGCUUCGCGUGUCACUCAAUAGCAUCUCAAAUUAUCAGAAAGAAAGUCUUUUGGAGGAACCCUACCUUCAGAUACUUGAGGAUUGACAGUGAAUGCUGGCCUUGCUGGUGUUAAUCACAUGAAAAUGAUUUGUUUGGGCAAAAUGCCCAAUUUUAUUAAAUGGGGGUCAUGCGUGGAGUCAGCAACAGACUGGGGUGUGAAACUUGUCUCGAGGAAGAGAUUUAUCUUAAGUUUGACUUCUCCCCCAGGGCUCUCACCAUCAGGUGCAAAGAUGCUCAGUUGCAUUGCCGAUCACUAGCUGUCCUGGGGUAACGUUAAGCAGAUCUCCAGUCCUGCUUGCUCUCCACUGACACCUGCUGGUAAGUCCUUGUGCAUGCUGAAAGAAUCAGUGUCUACAGCGAUGUACAAUGUCAAAUGAUAUGAACCAGAAGGCACUGCUCUAGUGCAGCGAUAUGUCCCUCUGACCCAGAAGGCCUGAGUUUGAGUCCCCCCUUCUGCAGAGGUGUGUCUGAGCAACUGAGCAGGUUAAUUAGAAUAUACCUAUGGCACUUGCUAUCUGACCCAACACUAGGAGAAGGAACUGAUGGCAAAAAGAUGCCAGAGGAAUGUUAACACUAAUACAGUUAUCUCUCAAAAAUAAAUCAAAUUGGUUUUCAGAGAAUUAAAGGGGAGGAAAUUGAAAAGAUUCCCUUAAACGCUAGAAUCAUGAGUUCCUUUUAACUGCAGAAAAUAUUUGAUUUUGUUUCCCUACUCUAUCAACUAAAUGGGUCAUUAUUAAGAAUCUAUUUAUGCAGCUGCUAUUUCUGACCAUCAGACAUUCCUUUGGAAUACACUUUGUGACUUUCAUAUGCAUGAAAUACUUUUCAUACUACGCGACCUGGAAGGCUUGGUGUUUUUAUCCUGCUGCUCCUUGAAAACAAAGGCCUUUUAUCUGCAAUUAAAAUGAUUUGAUAAGUUUGGCAACAAAUGCAUUGAAUGCAGUUUUACUUUUCCAUACACUGGCUGAAUAUUGCUAUACUACUGUAACUUAAAGAAAGUGUAAUAAUUCUGUAUGAAUGUUGCCUGUUAGUGAGGGUCUGAGUAGCAACAUUUGUGUACGAGUGAUGCUGUUGACAUCUGUAAGUCAUUGGUCUCCCUCAAAAGCCCAUUGAAAAGCCUUAAGUCUUUGCUCCCUUCAGAGCUCUUACAAUGGUUUGGAAUUAGAAAGAUGGCAUCAUUUUUAGCACAAAGCUAUUGGUGGGUAACAAUUCUCAAGAAGUUCUCUAAGCAACAGAAAAAGUAGACAAUAUUUUAUUUAAUAUUUUUAGAUGUGUGUAGUUCAGGGCUUAAAGAAUUUGUUUUCCCCCUCAGCCCACAGCCUUUCAGGGCUUCAAAGCUUUACUGGUGUUGAUUAGAUAUGCGAUUAAAUGUUUUGUGACUGGAGUCACUGUUAAAGCUCAGUCAGGUUAUCAUUUAAGAGUCCUGCAGCAUUUAAGGCUGUCAGUAAACCUAGAAUGGUGCCUGUUGGAAUACUUCACAAUGUCCAUGGAUGGUGGCUAUUUAGUAACUGUGUGGCAUAUUGUUGUUACCUUUUGCGUGCUGACUUCUCACCCCCUCCACCCCAACAUGCACGCGCACUGAGGAAAAUGAGAAGUAACACUUUUCUCCAAAACCAUUUCUGAACACUUCCCUCCUGUGAAAUGAGCAUUGUAGGAAAAAUCAGUUUCAUAAAUUUUGAAAAACUAGAUUAAUAGCCACUACAUAAAAGAACUGCUCAAUAGAUAAAAUUUGAUAAAAUUUUGUUUUGGGGUUCUUCAUGCUCAUUUUGUUUUGUAUCUGCAUGUUAAUAAAACCAGAGCUUCUGGUUCUUGAACUGUUCAAGUUCUGUUUUCAGCCUGUGCAUUCAGUUAAUUCACUGAGAAAUCAUGGCUGCAGUCCACUACCAUCUCUGAUACAGUCCUUUUCUCUGCUGAGUUGGAUAACUUUCAGAACAGAAUUUAAUGGAGCUCCAUUUUCUAGCUGUUGGAAGACUUUUUUUAGACUUUGUGAUGGUUGAAAUGGUAGAAUAUCAGUUUUACCGUUAGAUUCAGUGUUGUCACUAGAUUUCAAUAUCUAAUAACUUUCUCUGAAACUUUCCAAUGUC